AUGCCCGAGGCGUUCGAGGAACUGAUAUUGGGCCUCACGCGCCAGCCGGGCGAGGGCUGGGGCCUCAACAUCAACAACGCGUCCUUCAAGGUGACGAAGGUUGCACCUGAAGGCGCGGCCUCGAAGUCCUGCGACCCGCCGAAAGUCGGCGACCUGUUAGUUGGUAUAGCGGGCGCUGACGGCCGCUUUACACUGCUAGAUAACAACACGCGAGCGUCGGAGAUGCGCGACGCCUUCGUCCAAGCCGGCGACGUCUGCCAGUUGAGGGUGAAGCGGCCAGUACCAAAUGAGGAGGAGCUCGACAGCCCCCCACAAAGGAGCAAGUCGGAAGGCAUGUUGUCAAGGUGGGGCCGGUCCUUCAGAAGGCGGUCGACGUCCGUCGACGCGCGACUCAGAGCCAUCGGCACGUCGCUGACGAACGUCUUCUCCAGCACCGAAUCAGCACGAAACCCGGGCGACGUCGUCCGUAUUUGGCCGCGCGUCUUCGCUGUCGUGGGUGGGGAAGCGCCCUCUCUACAACACGUCUCGCAGUGUACGCGGCGGGAGUGCGGCGAUGUAAGGCACUCGGACUUCGGCCACGGCGACGCCUUGGACGGCGAACCGUUACUCCGAGCGUUGCUGAUCAAUGUAGGAGAUGCUCCCUGCGCCUCCCCAGAACUGUUUGCCGAUGGAUCACGAGUGAUAAACGCGGGCUGGGAAGCCCCAAAGCACGCGCCGGGGCCCGCGUUAGCUCACGCUGCUAGACUAGGCUUGGCGGCCGCCGCGUGGCUCGCACUCGAUGAUCGCACGUUGAUCGUGAUUGGCGACUUGACGGCGGGCGAUCGAGCUAGGUGCGGCUUAGCCUGUGCCGCGGUACUGAGAGUGGCGUCGGCGGUUUUAGAGUUCGGUGCCUUACAAACAGAUAUUCCGAGAGUCGACGCGGCUCAAGAGGGCUAUGGGGCAUAUCUGGAAGCCGUGGGUGGUGAUGCGAAGCGCCAGUUAGACCUAAAACAUUUACCACCAUCGUUCGGACGAGGUCUGAAGCAUUUGGACUGCGCCGUCGAAGCGAGGUGUCUGCCGAACCCGCGACCUUUGAUAUUGUUAGGCGCGUCGGUGCGAGGCUUACCUGUGUCUGAGGCACCAGUACUGGAAGUGUGCUCCACCUCGAACAACUGGUCUUCCGAGAGCGACGAGAUGGCUGUGGAGUGGGAUGGGGACGAAGCCUUUUAUUCCCUGGACAACAACCGGGAGCGGCCCUGCGUGUUGCGCGGGGAUUUUGCCGUUGUGGUACGAUUUGGGGGAAGAUACAAGGAUGUGGGCGGGGCGGGCCAAGCACCGAUCGCGCGGUAUGUGGCCUCAUCAGGCUUCCUUUGUGACGGCGCCAUCGACGCGAGGAAAUGCGACAUCGACGUCCACCCGGCCUACGCUACGCAGAUCCUAGGUGAUCGAAAGAAUUCAGGAACGGAUUUGCGGGUGCGGUUGGCGUUUUGCUACGCGGACGACGAGGGCGACGACGAGCCGACGAGUCCAGUACAUUUUUUUGCGUUACCUAGGCGCGCAGAAGCCGCCGUCGACCGCGGUUUAGCCCUAUUAGCGGCCUGGCACUGCAUCCAACCCGAUACUAAUAUGACAUCAUCCCUAGCGGCGACGGCGUGCUGUGAUAAUGAUGUCGCGUCGCUGGCGCUGCAGCUUUCGGCGAAUGACGAAGCCAAGGCCUUCUCGACGUUAUCAGGGUUCCCGACGCUCAGUGCCGCGGCGGGCAUGCGUUCAAAACACGGCGACCUCUUUGCUUAUGUGAGAUCGUCGCGGGCCGCCGUCCCGUACGACGCGCCGCGUGCAUCCUUACUGGGCGCGGCCCAGGCCGGGCCCGGCGGCCUGCCGCGCGUGACGACCGCAUUGAAUCGGUUGGGCGUUAAAAAAGCCAAGCCGCAGCGCCGGCCGUCGCUGCCGCCGGAGCCGCUGCCGCCGGCGCCCGCCGCCGACGUCGCGGUGGCGCCCGCGCUCGUGCAGCCGCCUCCACCAGUACCGGACGCCGGCGAUUUAUUGACGGCCGAGCUCGACGCUUUGCUAGCGAAGCCCUCUCAAACCUUGGAGGACGUGGCCGUUGCGCCCUGUGUGGAAAUCAAAAUUUUCCUCACCGCUCGACAGUGCACCCGACACACUGGUUGAUUUCCACACAGGUGCCCGGCACGAUCGGCGCGGUCGCGCCCGGCGCGGCCUUGUCUGCCGCGCCGCCCGCGGUGCCACCCGCGGCGCCGGCCGCGCCCGCCGCCGCCGCUGCACCGCCGCCCGCGGCCCCGCUCGAGGCCAUGCUCCGGGCCCGCGCUCCGCCCAAGCCGGCCGCGCCAGCACCAAAGCCGGCAAAUCCGAUUGAGGCCAUGCUCCAGCGCAAGCAGGCGCCGCCGCCCGCGAAGCUCCAGCGCAUCGUCUCGGGCGAGGCCGCGCCGGACCCGAAGGCCGCGCUGAACAAUCUCAUGAAGGCGCGCGCGGCCACUGAUGGAGGCGCCGCCGCGGACGGCGCGCCGCUGCGCGACCACCCGGCCAUGAAGCCCUUCGUCAAGUUGCUGCGGGUGGGCCUGCCGCGGCCCGCCGUCGCGCGGAAGAUGGCCGAGGAGGGCCUCGACGCAUCAUUACUAGACAAGGACCUCGACGCGCCGCCCGACGCGGCGACGUUGCGAUUGCUCAACAAGGAGGCCCCGUCGACGACGCGGCAGUGGGGCGGCCGCGAGGCCAAAAAAAGGGCUUCUUUAAAGCCCGUGCACUGGGAGGCCAUCGAGAACAACACGGAGGGCACGGUCUGGGCCCAUUCUGGUGAUGGGGUCGACGACGACGACAAGGCGGAGUUGCAUCGGUUAUUUGGGGUCGACCAUUCCAAAACGCGAAAACAUGGGUCGUUACAACCAAAACAUAAAGCUGAAGAGGAGGCCUGCGAGGCGAAGCGGUCGGCGAACAUUGCCAUAUCAUUAGCUACGUUGGCGAAGCCGUUUGACGGUGAUCUCUCGGCUAUGUUAAGGGCCGCCUGUGAAGGUGCUAUCGCCCAUGAUAUUGUGGAACAAUUAGUGCCCAUGCUGCCGUCCGACGACGAGUUCGCCAAGGCUCGACGCUUGUACCGGAAGUCCGGUCCUGAAACAUUAAGAAUACCUCAAAAACCCGCCGAAUCAUUAUUUGUGGCAGUGGUCGACUUAGUGCAGGACGGCGAGUUCCAGAUAACGUCUCCGAACGACUUGCGGAGCCGCCUGCAGUUGCUCGGCGACGCGCUGAGCGCGCCCGACGCUUCGAAAAAGAUCGCCGAGGACGCGCAGACACUCAUAGAGGCGGCCGACGGCGCGCGCACUUCCAAAGCUUUAGCCGAGUGUCUGCGGCGGCUCUUAGACGUAGGCAACGCCCUCAACGCUGGUACGAGGAGAGGCGACGCCAAGGGGUUCACGCUGGCUUCCUUAGAAAGGGUGGCCGCGACGAAGUCGACGGACGCCUCGGCCGUAAGUGUUCUGGACUUCGCGGCGCGUAAGGCCCUGACCGGUGACGGGGAGCAUGACCUCGAGAAGCUCGAGCCUUUAUUACGUGCUGCUCGGAAGUUGGAACUGCGGGAGCUGGAGAAGGAGUCCACGCGGCUCGCGCGGUGCUCGGCGAAAAUCUCCGAGAGCGCGUUGGCAUCGCACGCCGCGGCGUCAGGGUUGGCGGAGCACGUGGCGGCCGCGUCCCAGGCUUCCUCGGACGCGUCGUCGGCCGUGCUCCAGUGCUCCAAGUUUUUUGGGGAAGAAUCGCCCGACUGCGCGCAUCUCUUCGGGGCCCUGCACGACUUGGUAGCGCGCUUCCAAGCCGCCCGUCUUAAGGUCAAGGCGGACGAGGAACGCAGGGCGAAGCAGGCCCUGGAGGAGAAGCGGAAGACUCCCGAAGCCAAACGGGAGCGGCGGCGCGAGCGGCGGCGGGGCCGCGCGGCCGUGGACGACGUCCUGCGCGCGGUGGACGCGGGUAAGAAGUAGUGUGUGUG